GCUUGCGCAACUCGUGCCCCUGUGGCCCAUGGCGAUUGGCGAUGCAGAUCCGAAAAAGAGGAAUGCCAAGGCGAAGCCGGCACCCAAAGAGAGGGUCCAGCCGAAGAAGAAGCUGAUGCCCAGACCCCCACAGGCGCCGCCGCCUCGAAAGCUUCUGGCAGACCGACAGAGCCAGCAGUUGGUACCCGUGAAGGAGGAGACCAUGGAAUUCUACGAUGGGCAGACGGUGCAGAUGCCACCUCCACCUCCGCCCACGUCACCCUGGCCCCAGGCAGCGCUUCCGGGCUCCUUCCCGAAAUCUGUGUCUCUGCUAGGUCUCAGCAGCAUGGGCAUGGCAGGGGGCAGCUUGGUUCCGCCGGUGGUUGCCCCACCUCCCAUGAAUCCCCCAGCUGCAGCUGCAACAGCUCCAGUAGCAGCGGUAGCGGCUCCACCAGCUACACCUGUGGUGGUGCCUCCUCCAGUGGUGAUCCCCCCACCUGUGGCGUCUGCGGAUAAUGGCUCUGCUCCUGCUGAGCUCGAAAAGCUGCGAAACAGCAUGUCUUCCAUCAGGGACGAAAACGCUGCCCUCAAGGCGGAACUUUUCGAGUGGAGAAGAGAUGCAGCGAAGAACCGUGAGGCUGAACAUGCCUUGGAGCAAGCGCGGGCAGCACAGCUUGAAGCUCAAGCGAGACAAGCACAAGAUUCUGAGGAUUUGGUUCGUGACCAGCUAACCGAGAUGGAAAAGCGGAAGUCGCGCCUGGAAUACCAGCUCUCUGAGGCCGAAAGCCAGUUGAAAGAAGCACAGAGGGAGAAUUCGGGGUUACAGAAGGAGAAUUCGGUGUUGCGGACCCACAGAGAUCUCUUGACGAGAGAGAUGAAGGACUCUGGACCUGUGAAAGCCGAAAUCGAGGCGGCUAGGAGUGAAAUCUCAGUGCUACACGGACAACUGGAGAAGUUGAAAGAGGAAAACGAGGCUCUCAGGGCAAAGGCUUCAGAAGAGGACAACGAGAAAUGGAAAAAACACCAGAUGCUGCUAGAGCGCUACUCCUCUGCACUGAAGGCAUCGUUCACGUCCCAACUGACUGCACUCCAAGUGCUGAAAAAUGAAAGCAGGGAUGUGGUCAACGCCAACGGUGACAUAGCUGUGCAAAACAGUGACGCCGUCAAAGAAGUCAUCGCAGAUCCGCAGCUGUCUGUUCUGUUGGAAGCUUUGUCUGGCAGCUCCGACAAGCAGACGCUGGAACAUGCCAUUGAAAGUCUGCGGGAACUGAGCAAAUCCAAAGGCUUUGUGGUGCCGACGACUGAUGGUGACACGGCCACGGAAAUCAUGGAAGAUUCGGACAAGGAAGCAGAGGCUGAGAGUGAGAAAGAAGCAGAGGCUGAGAGUGAUGAUAGCGACAAAGGAAAAAACACAGGCAGGGACGCGCAGGGACUGUGA